AUGCCGAAGGGUUCGAAGAAAUAUAAAGGUGAUUUGAGUGAAGACAUUGAAUCAGAAUUACUUUCCAUUGAAUCUACCAUAUCUUCGACGCAAGAUGCUGUAAAGGUGCUUGAAGAGACUACCAAAAAGUCGAUCUCUGAUAUGAAAUCAGAUUUCGAUGACAAGUUGAAAAAAUUGCAAGAUACAAUGGAUGCUUUGUUGCAAUCACAAGGUUGUACGAAUUCAAAUAUCGAAGAUACUCCUACUAGAAUAGAUGUUUUGCCCAAUGAAUCAAGUGCUUCGUUAUGGGCAGUGGGACUGACAGGCCUAUUUUCCUGUGAUACUCCUCUUCUAGACAUGUUCCUGUUUGGUUCGUUGAUCUCAGCAGUGGAUCCAGUGGCUGUGCUAGCUGUUUUUGAAGAAAUCCAUGUUAAUGAAAUAUUGUACAUAGUGGUGUUUGGUGAAUCGCUGCUCAAUGAUGCGGUCACAGUUGUUUUGUAUCAUCUAUUUGAGUCCUAUACAGAGAUGGGUCUCACGAACAUAGUGUACGUCGAUAUAAUAUCGGGAUUCUUAAAUUUUUUUGUAGUCGCUAUUGGCGGAACUGUGAUUGGCGUGAUAUGGGGCAUUGCCACUGCCCUGGUGACCAAGUAUACAAACGAAGUGCGCGUUAUUGAACCUAUCUUUAUAUUUGUUAUGGCCUAUUUGGCAUAUUUGAAUGCAGAAAUAUUCCACAUGUCAGGAAUUUUGGCCUCGAAUUACGCAGCAGAGAUGUCUGUCGUGACUGUACCUCUGCGAGGAAGAACAGGAGACACCAGAUUACGACUCACGGUUCGGGUAGGCCCUACAUGCCUGGAAGCAUUGUUAGAUACAGGAGCUGAACGAUCAUUUCUGGGCGAUAGUACAGCGGAAACAGGCCGACGACUCGGGUGGACAGUUACUAAGGCAAACACCGACCUGGCCCGUUUGGCAGAUGAUACAGAGGUGACAAUUUCCGAGGCUCAGAUGGUGCAUGAAAGAAUAAAGGAAUUCGAAUUCAGUGGAAUUUUCCUGAAGGAAAUGGCAGGCCAUAUUAGAUUUCAACCAAUGAAGGAUGAUCCUAGACCAGGACACUUCUAG